AUGGGUAUCUUAGACGCAGCUGCGGAAGAAAAGGCACGAGCCUUACAAGGCUGCGACGCAUCGAGGAUGGGUAUCCAGGGUAUAAGCGCGUCCUUUCGCGAAUACCCCUUGUCACACAUGGAGCAUGGGAAGGGUUUUCGGCUUCUAUUAGGCCUCAAAGGGCAGGAGUAG